AUGUUGACACAAGAGCAACAAUUACUCGUCUCUGAUAAGGAUACUCUAUCUAAAGAUGGGCACUACGAUGAUCUUGCUAAACUUAGUUUUUUAACAGAAGAUAUUCUACUUGAACAACUGAAGCAACGAUAUGAAAAAGAUCUGAUCUAUACAUAUCUUGGAGAUAUCCUCGUUGCUGUCAAUCCAUUUCACGAAACAAGUCUCUAUACUACAAAGAUUCGUGAUCUUUAUCGUUAUUCAACUGAUAUUCAUAAACCGCCUCAUGUCUAUGCACUCGUGGACCUUGUUUAUCGAAAUGUUUGUCACGGUAUUUACAAUCAACAAUGCUGUGUAAUCAGUGGUGAAUCAGGUUCAGGGAAAACAGAAAGUACAAAAUUAUUUUUGAAACAAUUGAUGUAUCUAUGUGGAGGCAGUUCUCAAUUGGAACAACAAAUUUUACAAGCUACACCUUUGUUGGAAAGUUUUGGCAAUGCACAAACUGUGAUGAAUAAUAAUUCAAGUCGAUUCGGAAAAUAUAUCGCUCUCAAGUUCGUGAAUGGCAAAGUGAUUGGUGCUCAGAUAAGCGAUUAUCUAUUAGAAAAAUCUCGUGUCGUAACACAAAGUCCAGGCGAACGAAAUUUCCAUAUUUUCUGCUAUUUAUUUGAUUAUCUCCCGUCAGAAGUAAAAAAUAUGCUGUGUCUUCAUACAAAAUACGACUACCGAUACCUCUUGACAAGUUCAUCAACCGAUCUACAACAUACUGGUGCUGGUAAUUCGUUAGAUGAAGUAGUGAAUGCAAUGGGUUUGCUGAAUUUUACUGAUAAAGAACAACAUUCCAUGUUUCGUAUCCUAUCUGGUAUUUUAACUAUUGGUAAUUUGGAGUUUUCCACUGACGACGAAGGCUUCACUCGACAAAAUUUCGACGAAGAAAAAACCAAAAACAAUCUCGUAAUCAUUGCUAAUAUGUUUGGUGUAAAUUCGGAUUUGAUUAUGGAAUGUCUGACAACGAUCACAACAUUGACGCGAAAUGAAAGAGUGACUAGAAAAUUCAGUCUACAAUCCAGUCAAGAUGCACGUGAUGCAUUAUCGAAACAUCUCUAUGCUCGUUUAUUUUCUUGGUUGAUUGGCAAAAUAAAUGAAACAUUGAAUAAUCCUUAUCCUUCACAAGAAUUUUAUCAAAUCGCUGAAAUUGGCCUUUUGGAUAUUUAUGGUUUUGAACAUUUUGAAUUGAAUAGCUUCGAACAAUUGUGCAUUAAUCUAGCCAAUGAACAAAUUCAAUAUUUCUUCAAUCAACAUAUUUUUCGUAUGGAAAUGACGGAAUAUGAAAGCGAAGGCAUUGUCGCUGAAACAUUAUCAUUUACGGAUAACCACUCCUUAUUGGAAUUGUUUAUGGCCAAGCCUUUGGGUAUUCUUUCGUUAUUAGAUGACGAAAGUCGACUUCCGAAAGCAACUGAUCAAACAUUUGUUGAGAAAUUGAAUUAUCACUUUGGUACAAAUAAACAUGAAUGCUAUUCGAUCAAUCGAAAUAACAAAUAUUCAUUCACGGUUCAUCAUUAUGCUGGCAAAGUGUCAUACUGUGCCUUAGGAUUUCUGGAGAAAAAUCGGGAUACACUGUCGGACAGUGUCGUCGAUAUGCUCAAGAAUAGCCAAGAUGAUCUCAUACGGUUACUUUUCCAUGGAAACCCAUCGGAUGGAACUAUUCAUUUGAAUAAUCGACUGCAACAUCGAACAGCAGCGGAAAAAGAUGCUCGAAAUCGACUGACUGUUGGUGCUCAAUACCGCAAUUCUUUGCAAGUUCUUAUGGAUCGUAUGUGCGCAUCACAUCCAGUAUUCAUGCGUUGUCUUAAACCAAAUCAACAGAAACAAGCACAUUUAUUCGAUGCUACAUUCGUUCGCGCACAGCUUCGCUAUUGUGGUAUGUUAGAAACAACGCGAAUUCGCAAGGAAGGAUACUCUGUACGAUUAACGUUCGAAGAAUUCAUACGAAAAUAUGGUUUUCUAUCAAGACUUCGUUCUUCUGAUUCACCAUUGAAUACAUGUCGCCAUAUUCUCGAAGAAACGAAAUUAAGUGAAUGGCAAUUAGGGAAAACGAAAGUUUUUCUCAAAUAUUAUCAUCCGGAACAAUUGGAAAAACUUAUGAACAAAUAUCGCAAAGCAGCUCUAUUAAUUCAACGCAUUCAGCGUGGUCACACAGCGAGAAAAUUAUUUCAACAACUGAAAUUAGCAUCGAAAAAUUAUCGAAAUGAAACGAAUGAUCUAUGUAUUUACAUUGAAGAUUUGAAUAACCGAUAUGUAUACACAUUGACUCAACUGAAUGAUAAACUACCAGGUCAACCAACGCCUGCUGUUAUUACAGAGCAUGAUCUUCGUCCUCGUCCACCGGUACGUGAGAGUUCACUGAAUUCCUCGUCACAUUUGGUAAAUAGUGGACUUGCUGGUAAAUAUUCUCUACCAGCAGCCAAAAUGUCAUCGAUUCCGAGUACUCCAACAAGUACUUUGACUACUAACCAACUGAUGCUUGAUUAUGAUUCCUUACUUUCUCAUUUGACACUCAAAUAUGGUUCGCCUGGUGAACGUGAAUCGUGUUUAAGAUGGUUUCGUGAUACUCAAUAUCCAUACGUAUGUCACAAUGGUACAUUUCCUAGUUGGUUUCAUGGAAAUAUCACUCGACAUCGCGCAGAAGAUUUAUUGAAAAAUCAGCCCAUUGGUUGUUUUCUCAUUCGACUAAGUGAAAGUCGAUUUGGUUUUUCACUCUCAUUCCGUGCUGAAGAUCGAUGUCGGCAUUAUAUGAUAAAUCAAUUGAAGAAUCUCAAAUACAACGUUAUUGGCGAAGCAAAAGUUCAUCAAUCACUCGAGAAAUUAAUUGACUACUAUCGAAUACAUGAAUUGUCGAAUUGGAAUGGUCGUUUAACAGAUCCAUGCAAGGCGGAUUGGUCACAGUAUGAUCAUGAUUCGUUAACACCUCUGCCGAAUGCUCCGAACAAUCGCUCUUCUCAGCCGACGAAAAGUAUUGCCAAUCGAACUCAUAGCACAUCUACAUUGCCAAUCUCAUAUUAUGCAAAUCCUCCUUAUCCAUAUUCUUCGAAACUCUAUACAACUCGUCCAAUGUUAAUUAACAAUGCAUUCAAUACAGCGGCAAAAUUACCCAUCGCGAUCGUUCCACCAUUUACGAAAUAA